AUGGCCUCAAAACCCAUCACACUCCAAAUUCGCCCACGAGGAAAGCCCAUAAAAUCCCUGCCAGAGUCGGUCGAUCUGAAAUCCGAUGCCUCCGCAGCCGAGUUGUAUUCUGAACUCGCACGCAGAACCAAGUACUCGAUUCACCAGCUGCGCGUGACCAAGGGCUCCGAUGGCAGUGUCGUGGCCAACUCUAAAGAUACCUCGAUAUAUGAGACUGGUUUACGUGAUCAGAGUACAGUCUAUGUAAAAGAUCUUGGAACACAAGUGGCAUGGCGGACUGUAUUCCUGGUGGAGUAUUUCGGUCCAAUCCUUAUACAUCCGUUGAUGCUGGCCCUCCGACCGUACAUCUACCCUUCCGCCAGCAAGGAGCCGUCUCAGUUGCAGCAGGUGCUCUGUGUGUUGAUAUGCCUGCACUUUCUCAAGCGGGAGCUAGAGACGUUGUUUGUCCACCGCUUCUCGGCCGCUACCAUGCCUCUCCGCAACAUCUUCAAGAACAGCUUCCACUACUGGAUUCUUUCUGGCCUCCUGAUCUCAGCUUUCAUCUAUUCCCCUUACUCCGCAGCAGCACAAGAGCCGAACCCACUCCUCUUCUAUCCUGGAUUGGCCAUCUUCGGAUUAGGAGAACUGGGCAAUCUUCAAACACAUCUCACAUUGAAAGGGCUCCGGAGUGCGGGAGGGACCGAACGUGGUAUCCCUCAAGGAUUCUUGUUUAACCUUGUCACCUGCCCCAACUAUAUGACGGAAACCGUCUCUUGGAUCGGUGUAUAUCUUCUCAGUGGCCUGAGCUGGGGGGUGCUCAUCUUCCUUGUCGUCUCCGUCGUCCAAAUGGGUCAAUGGGCAGCAAAGAAAGAGCGACGAUACCGCAAGGAGUUUGGUGACAAGUACAAGAAGAAGAGAUUCACCAUGCUUCCGGGCAUUUGGUGA